AUGCUCGUCCACGACCUCCUUGGCAAGGCUGCUCGCGUGCUCCCAGAUGGAGGUUCGAUUCUUCACGUCCUUGGUGGCUUGAGUUCCUUUUUGCUGAGAGCUGCUCCAAAGCAAGUUUCUUUGCCCUCCAUGCCUGAAAUGGGUAAUGAGACCUACCUCGGUUUUUCCCCCGUAAGUAAUGGUUCCCUCCAUUUUUUCUCUAAUUGCCAGCCUGUAAAGUGCUUCAGAAGACAUCAGACAUUCUUGGACGAAGUCGAACUUGUAAGCAGCCCCACCGAUAUAGACUUUCUAUCCCAGAAGGAUUCUUUCUCCUCUAGGACUUUGGAAAUUUCGAGGUCGACAUUUCGUCCUCCUGACCUCAUAUGCCACGUGUGCUACCCUCAAGUCCCAACCUCCUUGCGUUGCCAAUCUCAGCAACCUACUAUCAUAAGAUAUCCGAGCUCCUUAGGUUUCUUGACCCCGAGCUACCAAUUCUGCCGAGCUUCCCUUACGUCACGGGCCGGUCACUUUAGUAACGAAACCAUUCACGAGCGCCAACGCAUUGCUCGUCGUCUUCCUCACCCACAACGCCCGAUCACACACGUCUGCCUUCACUGGGCAGUUGUCCACGUCAUCAAACCCAUCUGCACACGUGUCCUCGUUAGUGAGGGCGGCGCUCAUCCACGUCUGCACGUUGCUGACCUGGAACCUCAGCCGCUCUCCAGUCCCCGUCAGGCUGCGCAUCUGCCGGAAGGACCCUCGUAUCUGGUCCACCGCGUCCUCGAACACCGACAGGCAGUCCCGGAGGGCGGCGGCGGCCCUGGGGUUUGGCCCGUAGUCGGCCCGUCCGGUGAGGUUGCGCAGAUACGCCGACGUUCGGGAUGCCCUCGACAGGCUUACGCGGACGGCGACGGCGGCGAGGCGGGCCGGGUCACGGCGGACGGCGGCGGCGUAGCGAGAGAGGGAGUUGUAGCAGACGUCGGGCUUGUGUGGAUAAAUUCGGCGGCGGCGGGGAUGGAGGUGGCGGAGCACGCCGGGAUGAGGAGGAAGGUUAGUAUGAGUGAAUGCAACAUUUUCGUGGCCUAA